AUGAAACGUAAAAAAAACGAAUCUGAACACGUAUGCGCAUUUACAAGAGAUAAAAAUGUAUUACAACAAUUUUUCCCAUCGACAAAAAGAUUUAAAACGUUACGUAGAAAAUGGCGUGAAUCAUUAUUAAUAUCCGAAGAAAAUGGUAGGAAAACAUGCACGAGAAAAAGCACGUCGGGAUAUUUAUUCGAAAAGGAAAAUCAUUUAUCACAACAUUAUUACAUAAUACAUCCAUAUAGUAAAUUUAGAGAAUAUUGGGAAAUAGGUAUGCUGUUGGAAAUGUUUUUAGGUAUGACCAUACGUUCAUAUUUUAUAUCACAAUCUAGAGAUGAAGUUUUACACUCGUAUUGGUAUCAAAUAUGUUCACUUUUUUGCGAUUUAUUCGAAUUGAUCGAUGUCACUUUGUUACGUUUUUUCACAGGAUUUUUAGAUACGGAAACUCGUAACGUGUCAUUAGAAUCCCGUAGAAUAUUUUAUCAUUAUAUAAAACAAUUUCGUUUUUACGUAAGCAUUAUCGGGUCUUUUCCAUUUGAAUUUUUAGUUUUCAUAUCCAAAAUUGAUUUAAAAGAAUAUCCGUCAUUUAAAUUUGUCAUUUUUUUAAAAUUCGUUAAAUUUUUCGACGUGUCUAAAUACGUUGUACACAUAUCGAAAAUUUACAAUUGGUCAGAAAUAACGUACAGAGUUGUUUUUUUUUUAUUGUACACAUUUCUUUUAAUUCAAUAUCUCAGUUGCAUGAUGUACACAAUUUUAUUCGGUGACGAAUUUGGUGAAUUGACAAACGGUUUCAUAAAAGGAAAUAAUACAUUUUACAGGCAGACGGCCAUGUUUUAUUUGGUGUCGACCAUUUUUUGUUUUCAAUCCGGUAUUUCAAAUCAUUUUAGCAUAUCGAGUUUGAAAGACAUGGUUUUCAUUAAUUUCGUUUUCAUAACCAGUUACAUAUCGAACACUUUGCUUUUGGGUUUUCUAAUACAGAUUUCUGGUUUUUCGAGUAGUUCGUUCAUCGAAUACGAAGAAAUGAUUCAAGAGGUUCAUAAAUAUUUGGUACAAGAAAAUUUACCCAAACACAUACAUAAAAAAGUUAAAAAAUAUUUUGAAUUUCGUUUCGGUAAUAAAUAUUUCAGAGAGGAAAUAAUAUUGAACACGUUAUCACCGCCUUUCAGACAAGAGAUAGCGAGUUUUCUUUGUAAACCCUUAUUAAUGAAUUAUUAUUCAAUAUUUAAAAUUGUUCCCGCGGAUUUGGCAAAUUCGAUUUGUUUAAAACUUAAAUUGGAAUGUUUUUUACCCGGCGACAUAAUUUCCAGAUCGGGUAAAAAAGCGACAAAAUUUUAUUUUUUAUAUCGCGGUACCGUCGCAAUUUAUUCGGCGGAAGGAAAAGAACUCGGUCAUUUAUACGAGGGAAGACAAUUUGGUUUGUCUGCAUUUAAUCUUAAUGAUAAUUAUUAUCGUGCGACGACGAUUGCACUUGAAAUGUCCGAAUGUUACGUAUUAAGUACAAAAGAUUUUUUAACCUGUACCAGCGAGUAUCCCGACUUUGAAAAAUCAACAAAUGCAAACGGGGCGGGGGGGUUUAUAAAAUGA